GUCGCACAACUACUGGGACCAAAUUAAAGCAACUGAGAAUUCUUAAGAAAAAUGCAAAGCUCAGCAAACAACUGUGAUAUGGCUGCAUGCUAAGAACUACAAUAUACAGUUAGCGGCGCACACAUACGCAACCAACUUGCGAACAAACACUCACACACUUAGGCUUCAAUACAUUCGACCGCGAGCAAAUUGCGCAUGCGUCAAUGGCGAUAAUAAGAUAUGCGCCCACGCAAGAUGUCGCCAGCAGCAUCGGUAGUACGAACACCACCACGAUCACUACCACCAACAACAACAGCAACAACAAUGACAGCAAUAACAAUAGCUACCUACCGUAUGCACGGAAUAGCAGCAGUAGAGUCGCCGCGCCGGCUGAACCAGCCGUCAACGUCAACAACUCACUCUACUACUGGGAGUUUGCUGCGGAAGAGUUGCCUGAGUUCUCACUGGUCGCACCAGAGUUAGAACCUUCCAUACAACAACUCGCCGCUGCAGCCCAAGAACCCGCGUCAUCCUCCUCGUACUCAUAUCAAGAAACGAAUGCCCGCACGGACAAUCACACGACUGAGGUGCAAGGCGAGCCACCGCCUUCUUUCUACACAAGUUUCAAUAUUUCCGAUGAUAUCUUCGAUUAUUUUAAUGGAUUUCUCGAAAGCACCGAGCAGCAGCAGCAACAACAACCAUUGUUGACCACCACCAGCACAGAGAGCGUAACGAACGCGAUCAGCAAUAGCGUGGCCACGGCGAACUUAACGCUCACCACGUACGUACAGACUGUUAGUAAUGGCUCACGUGACCCAGCAUUGGGUGAAUUUCUCUGUCUACUACCCAAUGAGCGUAUUUCGUUGCUGUCAUUUCUGUUUCUCUUCUCCUUCGCCACCGUGUUCGGAAAUGCACUGGUGAUACUGGCUGUGGUACGCGAACGCUAUCUGCACACGGCCACGAAUUACUUCAUCACAAGCUUGGCGGUAGCCGAUUGUCUGGUGGGCCUGGUUGUGAUGCCCUUGUCGGCGCUGUACGAAGUGCUCGAGAAUACGUGGUUUUUCGGCACCGACUUUUGUGAUAUCUGGCGCUCAUUGGAUGUGCUCUUCAGCACCGCUUCCAUUUUGAAUUUAUGUGUGAUAUCAUUGGAUCGUUAUUGGGCCAUAACGGACCCAUUCUCCUAUCCGAUGCGUAUGACGGGAAGGCGCGCCGCCUUUCUGAUCUGCGCCGUGUGGGUGUGUUCGAGUACCAUUAGUUUUCCAGCGAUUGUGUGGUGGCGUGCGGCGCGCGACGGUGAGAUGCCCGCUUAUAAGUGCACGUUUACGGAGCAUCUUGGCUAUUUGGUCUUCUCAUCGACGAUUUCAUUUUACCUGCCACUACUAGUUAUGGUCUUCACCUAUUGUCGCAUCUAUCGUGCUGCGGUCAUACAGACACGUUCGCUGAAAAUCGGCACCAAGCAAGUGCUGAUGUCAUCGGGUGAACUGCAAUUAACCUUGCGCAUACAUCGCGGCGGCACGACACGUGAACCUUCGACAAGCGCGUCGCAUCAUCCGACAAUUCAUGGCUCGUUGGGUGGCGCACCGAGCGGCGAUGGCUUGCAACAUCAUCGCCAUCAUUCACAUCAACAUUCGACGCUUCACAAUCACAGCGCAUCGGGCACGACGACUUCAACGCCCGAGGAGCCUGACGAUGAACCACUAUCGGCGUUGCAUAAUAAUGGUCUGGCACGUCACAGGCAUAUGGGUAAAAAUUUCUCCUUGUCGCGUAAGUUGGCGAAAUUCGCCAAAGAGAAGAAAGCAGCCAAGACGUUGGGUAUAGUGAUGGGUGUGUUCAUCGUGUGUUGGCUGCCGUUCUUCGUUGUUAAUUUGCUAUCCGGUUUAUGUGUGGAGUGCAUCGAACAUGAAGAGAUAGUGUCGGCAGUGGUCACAUGGUUGGGCUGGAUCAAUUCAUGCAUGAAUCCGGUGAUAUACGCUUGUUGGAGUCGAGACUUCAGGAGAGCAUUUGUGCGUCUGCUGUGCGUUUGCUGCCCGCGCGGAGUACGCCGCAAAUACCAACCGACAAUGCGUUCCAAAUCGCAGUGCAAAGUUGCUGCCGCCAUGGUAGCCGCCUCAACACCCUUCAGCUACACUUCGGUGCAACAAUUCGACGGCAACCGUUCGAUCAUGUGACGACAGCUCAGCAGCUGUAGCUCCUGUAGUGGGAGCAGCAGCUGCGGCCGCAAUGCCAUACAUCAUCAUCACCUACACCCGCAUCCGCAUGCGCACCACCAAUUGCAACAGCAGCAGCAACAACAACACUUGCAACGCAGCUGCACGCGCUGUCAAAGCUUCCACCGGCAUCACCAUCGCCAGCGACGACGCAGCUCAAUGCUGCGUGAGGAUUUCACCAGUUUGCCAGGCUCGUGCCAGAGUGGCGCUAAUGACUACGGCGCCGACCACGUGGACCUAAGCGGUGGCAAAGCCAACGGCGCUAAUGGUAACGGCAGAAAUGUACACAUAACCAAGGCGAUUGUGACGUUUUCACCACCAGUGGCGGCGGACUCCUUAAAUGUGCCGUCUUCGCUGUCCGGCUCCAUGCUAACCAUCUCAUCGGUGCCGACAACGCUCAUGUUGGGCGCGUCAACAACACCAGCCGGCAGACACUCAUUAAGCGCAGCCACCACACCGCUGGCCAAUACGACAAACAUCAGUCCGAGUAAUGCCAAGCACUGCAGUUUUGCGCUCACGCCACUCCUGCCGCCGCCACCAGCGCCUAGACAAUUAUCGUUCCUCACAACGGCGCGCUUCCAUGCGAAUGCACAAUGCGGCCCGACGGCGUCGGCAACAACGACGACCACAAUGACGUCUACGGUUUCGGCCAAUACACGACGCAUGCCGUCGACCACCGUCUCGGCGCCGGCACUUAUCGAAACGGCGGGCAAUUGGCCGACGACGCCACUCACGCCGCUUACACCCGGUUUACAUGCGCCGCAGCACAUACACGGCAAGCAUGCGACGCUGGAGGCGCGUCACAGCGCGGUCAGUCAAUUCACCACUUUGGAGGACUUGGAUGCGAUUGUUGUGGACGAAACGCCGAGUGACAUGAUGCGGAAGCUGGCAUGAGCAGCAAAUGAGAGGUGUGUGAAUGAGCGGUAAAUGUCAAGUUGUAAAUGCGAAUUUAUUCUAAGAGGAAAAGAGAGAGAAAGAAAAACAAAGCUACUGCAAAUGCAACGCUGUGCCCCGCUCAUGCACACUUCUCACGCACUCACAGUCACAAAGGUAAAUGUCAAUCGUCGCUCAUUAAAAGUGAAAUUAAAAUUUUAGUAAUUACUUUUGUAAAAAAAAAUUUGAACUUUACUUUCCUAUUACACUUAAGCUCUAUUUAUCUGUACUCAUACUAAUUGUAAGUAGUGUAUUUUAAAAAAUAGUUAGCUAAUUAAAUGCGUAUUAAAUGUUAUAAACAUAUUAUAAAUAGCUCAUCCACAAGCAUUUAGUAUAUGAUACUAGUAUUGGACAUCAAUUACUGCAUCCCAUCAACUCCAAGCAUUUCCAUUGCACAUGUACCUGUCACCCUACAAGAAAAUACAAAAACAAAAGCAACCACAAACACAUCAUAAAUUAUUAUAACUAUUUCUAUCUACUUUUACUCUUAAAUAUAUUGCUUAGAAAAUUUUAACCGAAUAAGCAGAUUAUGAUGAGAUUAAAUACGAUGGAAACCCAAACAAAUUUAACAAAUUUCAAAGCUGUCGAGAUCAACAACAACAGACGAUUUGUAAAUUUGAUUUUUGAUUUGAGGUAAUGUGAGGUUAAAAAAGAACUAAUUAUUUUAUAAAACACAGUUUCAAUAAAAAAACAUUGUGUUAGGCCACCGCGAACCCAGAAAAAUUUUGUUUCUUAGAGUUUACAUCCACAAAGAAAAAAAAACGGAAACUUCAAAUUCUAUGGAGAAUGUUUAUUAUCUUUCGAAUGAACAUUCUUUGUCAUUUAUUUUUUGAAGAUUAUUUCUUUCAAAUGUUGGCCGCGGCUACUUUUCAAAUGAUCCAUCCGUUCAGUCCAAUUUUCAAACACUCUCUCAAGCAUUUCGACUAGUAACUGGCGAAUGACUCACGCGAUGUUUUGCUCCAAGGCCUGAAGAGAAGCGGAAUUGUCCACAUAGACAUAUUAACAUAUUCUCACAGGAAAGAGUCUAACGAUGUGAUAACACACGAUCUUGGUGGCCAAUCGACUGCCCAAAACGUGAAAUUAUCUUCUCACUGAAGUAUUCUCUCAAUAAGUCCAUUGAUUGAUGCGAUUUGUUGAAAGUGGCGCCGUCUUGCUUAAACCAAAUCUCGGCGAGAUCACGAGCUUCAAUUUCAAAUUGCUCUUUGAUUGUUCAGGCGUAAGUAUUUCCAUGAUGAAAUGCCAAAUAAAAAUAAUAUGACGGAUUGACGGGACUCAAGUGUGAUCUGUCAAAAAAAAGGGUAUAGAAAAAGUAGCUCUACUUGGAUCUCCAAUUAGAACAUAUUGAAAGCAAAUAUUUUUGAAAAUAUUAUCCGUUAAUUUGAAAUUGAUCCGACCAACAGUUUCAGAGUUAAGAGAAUAUUUGUAAAAAAAAAUUUAAUUUUGCCUAUUAAGUCUCAAAACUUUAAACGCGUUUUUUUCGAAUCGCUGUUUUAAGAGCAAGUGAAGAAAUUCCUCCGAAACGACUUUACCGAUCGACUCGGCUCGGCUCAGCUCGGCAGUCCUACCUACGCCGAACCAAGAGACAUGGCCGAAACUGGCAUUAGCCGUCUCAACUUAUUUGUGUUAGGUUCAAAGCGCUUUGUAGAUCUGUAAGGGUCUUAUGAACUAUUAUACAAGUAUAGGUUUUAGAUACCACUGUGGACCGGUGUUCUAAGCUGUCCAAGUGAGAUCCCUCAAAGGAUUGACUUCUUAACCUAAUCUAACUAACAAGGUAUGCGUGCAUUUGUGGGAUAAUGGUCUGAGUAAUAAGACUUUCUAUAAUUAUUUCGAUAUUUAAGCCGCUUUGAAGCUUAAAAUUUUUGACAAGAAAUGGCUUUUCUUGGAAAGCCGCCAUUUUGUCAAUAAUCAAAAUUUUGAAGAAAUAUGCGAUCAUUACGGGAUGUCGACUAUUGUGAAAAUAAUUUCUUUUGGUUUUUGAAUUUGAGAUAAUUUCAAGCACAAAAAUCUUUCUCAUCGCCAAACACCUUGUUUGGAAGUUCCUUCUUAGGUCGGCUACGCAUUUUUUUCAAAAUAAAGCACUGAUUUCUAAAGUUCAUUAUUUUUAUAUAUUUCUUUUACAAACAUGUCUCUGAAACAAAAUCCAUGAAUAAAUGCCUUUUUACUGAAUUACAAGUGGAUAUAAUACUUCAAAGCGAAGAAGUUCUCAAGACAACAUACCGAAUCUUACCCCAGCAUAGUAACUGAUUAAGCACCGAAGGGGAGAGAAUCACUCUAUUUGUUAUUCCUCUCACACUUAUCUUUAUUUUCAUUUUGAUUUGUUGUUAGAAGACUUUGAUAAUUUCUUAUUUAUUAUUAUUAUUUUAAAACAUUAGCUUUCGAUUCUGACGAUAUCGACCAACAAUCAGACCGAGGCGAAGAUAAUUCACAACAUUUUCUAUAUUCUACGUUAGCAAACUGAGUUGUCAAAGUUCCAACAACUCAAUUUAAAGUUCCUUAAUGUAUUUACAAACACACGCUUUUGCAUAAUCAAAAAGGCGGCGAUAAUUUAGAAACAACAAAAACCAUUAAUUAUCGGUGUCAAUUUUUCAAAAUACAUAUGUGAAGGCAUGCAGGUAAUUUCAGACACAAACAAAACGCCCCAAAGCGUUUGUGGUUUGUGUGCAAAUAAAUGUCAGAAUAUUACUAAAUUAAUUGAUUCGCCUGUCUAAACUGUCAGCAUGCACUGCGAUUACUUUCAUAAUGUAAUUACUUUGACAUAUUGUAAUCUGAUUGCUUUUCAAUAACUCACUGAGACUGUAAAAUUUUAAUGCAAUUAUUUGCACACUGCUGCAAAAAUAUUAUCACGCACAUAAAAAGGUAAAAGAAAAUUAUUUUAUUUUGAAGCAAAUCGCAUAUUUUGCCUCUUCAAGCGGCUUAUUCAAAUAAGCAGCUUUGACACAAGCUAUAUUCCUAAAAAGUUUUCACAAAAGCUGUCGAUAAAAUAUGCUUAAGAAGCUUUCACCCGAGCUUUUGAUAAAAUAAACCUAAGCAGCUUUCACAUAGACUUUUGAUAAAAUAUGAUUAAGAUGCCUUCACAUAAGCUUUCCAUAAAAUAAGCCUAAAAAGCUUUUGAUAAAAUAUGCCUAACAAGCUUUCACAUAAGCUCUCGAUAAAGUGGGCCUAAGAAACUACUAUAUAAGCUUUCAAUAAAAUAAGCCUAAGAAACUAUCACAUAAGCUUUCGAUAAAAUAUCACUAAAAAGCUUUCACAGAAGCUUUCACAUAAGCUUUCGAUAAAAUAUCCCUAAAAAAUUUCAUAGCAGCUAUCGAUCGAAUACGCCUAAAAAGUUGUGACCUAAGCUUUAGAGAAAAUAAGCCUAAGAGGCUUUCACAUAAGCUUUCGAUAAAAUAAGCAGCAUGCUUUUACAAUUCACUCCUUGAUCUAAAUUCUAUUUUGCUCUUAAUUAUCUUGAUUUCGGUGUAUAUACGAGUAUGUAAGUGUUUUAAACCAAUAAAUCCAAACUUUCUACAAAGCAAAUUGUCAUCCAUUAGCAAAGAGUUGGUUCAGAACGCUUAUUUCUGGUUCACAAGUGGUUAUAAUGCCUUUAAUACCAAAAGGUCAAUAAACUCCUGACAAAACAUGACUUUAGGAGACAAAUGUGAGAUGUCAACUAAAAAUCCUCGACCAGCAAGCCUAAAUGAAUAAAAUGGCUUGCUCCUCUUACUCAGCUCUCGUAGUGCAAAGAGACCUUAUGCAUAUAUAGUAUAUAUACAUAUAUUUCAAAACAGAAACGUUGAGAGUAAGGAAGCUUCAAAAACAGUAUUAUAUAUCCUUUAUACAUAUAUUUGAAAUAUUAAAAAUUAUUUUUAUAAGUUUGACCUCGACUCCUUCGUAUUUGUGGCACACUUAUCAAGCUUUAUUUAUGCACUUCAAUUGCAUCUAAAAACUGUGCUUCUUAAAUUUUGUUAAUUUUUUUUAACAAUUUUUCCAGAUUCGCUAAUUUGAACACAAACUCAGCACCUCUUAAUAUAACCUCAAAUAUUUAAAAAGACCACUUUGAAAACCAUAAAAUCCGAAAUGUAUACAGUUGAUAAUAUAUCUUCAACAAAAUGCACCCUACACAAAUUAUUAUUAUAAAAGCCUGAUAAAUAUUUAUUACUCUACAGAUUGCCACUAUAAGCCAGUGCAAGCUCAAUCUGUUGUUGUUGUUUUACAAAAAUUUUAAAACCUACAAUUAUCUAGACAGAAAUUAACAACUGCUAUUUUAGACACAUUCCGACAUUUGGGGACAAUGAAUCAAACAUUUAUGACACCACUAAAAGUGCGUAGGCGACCACAUAGCUAUGCCGCAAACACAGAACAGCAACUCACACACGCACAUAGGAACACAGCAAAACCAAAAUGUACAAACAUUUGCAUUAACGGUAACACCAACCCUUUCAUAGCUCAACACAUGCAUAUAUUUGUAUGGUAAUGUUUAUUUUAGACUGUGUAAUCACACACAUAUGCAUGCAUAGUAAAUAUACAUAUGCAUUUACUUCGAUGUUAGAUUUGCAUACAUGGCGCCGGUGGCGUAUACGUAACAUGUGUGGGCAAUUAGUUUCAAUUAAGUCGUACAAACUAUUAAAUAACUCAACUUUUGUAUUGUAUUCAAAUAUUUACGAAAGCAACAACAACAAUAACUACUACUGACCCACUAUAACGGUAUUGUAUACAAACAUACAUACAUAUUAUAUGUAUAUAUGUAGGUGUGUGUGUAAUAGAGCAAAGCAAUUGUUUGCUCUUCUAGUGUACUUGUAGCGUAAAUAAUAGGCUAAAAGUGAAUUCAACACUAAUUACAAGAAAAUUGCGCGCAUAGAGAACUGUUUGUUUUAAAAUUUCGUUGCUGCGAAAGCAAACAUUUAUAUGUAUAUGUAUAUAAGCAUAUAUAUAGACAGCAAACAUUUGCGUAAGGACACACAUGUUUUUGUAUGUGCGUGUGCGCGCAUUUAAUUAAGUUCUUUUAGUACUUAGGUAUAUAUGUAAGCAUUCGUGUGUGUGUAUGUUAAGCAUACUUAUACAUACACGUGUACUAAUUAAAUUUAGGCCACAAUAAUGCGAUUUCACUUAAUGCGCUGCAUUAAAUACGAUUAAUUGCGGUUAGUUUAAGUGUGACAAGCGCAAAAAUGGCAAGAAAUGCGCUUAAGUUAAAAAUAAAAUUAAGCUAGUAAAUAAAUAAUACUGUAUUUUUGCUGUCAAUUUGUAAUCUAGCAUAUAAAUUAUAUAUACAUAUGUAAGACGGAAAUUGUUUAAUUUGGCUAAUAAUACGUAUGGAAAUUAAUUUUCGUUGUAAAUUUUUUUGCAAAAAAAUAAUUAUGUUGAAAUUAAAUUUAAUUAAAAAUGUAAAAUUUAAUAAAAUUAAUAUUUUUAGUACUUAAUUAAACGAACCCCGAAAAAAGAAAUUUCUUUAAUUCAACUCAAUAUGAGAGAAUUUAAU